UCAGAAUGGUUAGACUAAUUGUAAAAGUUUUGUAUUUUAUAGGGUUAACUAGACCGCCAGUUAUUGCUCUCGGCAUUGCUUUGCUUCUUCCAAUUCUGACAGUUAUGUCACCUUUUAUCGUUGGCUUAGCUUUUGUUUUGAUUCCAACUUUCUUCUUUGGAUUUUUGUUCUUUGGAAUUCCUUCAAUUUGUGGGACUGUUGUUUUUCUUUUGUUUGUCUACCUUUUUGGUGGAAUGCCUAAAUUAUAUUCGAUGGCCAAUAAUUUGCUUAACAAAAUUUUUGGAAAUGAUUUUGGUAAUCGAAUUGAAGGGGAAGAAGGAAAUGACAAUCCGGGGACGAGUCAGAAUAAUUAG